AUGCUGCCAUCAGUCUACGUCGUCCAGUGUAAUCCUCGAUUUUUUCCAGCCUGCCUCUCAGUACUGUUAGCCCGCUCUCCUGUCGAUAUUGCUAACAUUUUCGUUAGUUUGACUUGCGUCACCGCUCUCUCGCCCAUGUCCAACGCUUCCCCUUCCUUUUUUUCCCUCUGUUCUUCCUCCCCCCACAGAAUCCCGCCUUCAGGUUCGCCUACUGGCCGCGCUACGUGGCGCGACUGCUGCGCUUCCGUCCCGUGUAUCGCGGUGACUUGUUGGGCUGGAAAUUCCAGACCGACCGCGCCAUACCCUUCGAACUGCCUGACGCAAAACCGGACGAGGUGAGUGGAGGAUUGUCAUCCCUUUUUGGCAACCAUCGGUUACACUGUUCGGGUUCCAAGUGUAAGCGCAAUGGGGCCAUUGAAGGUAAAGUAAGCCGAAGGAGAAUGCUGAAAUUGUUAGUGAGAAAGUAUCCGAAGUUACAGUAGGUCGGCUAACUCAUGAAAUGCCAAUCGAAACUCCGAAAUGCGUUUUGGUUUCGAAAAGAUUAAUUAAGUAGGUUAUUUAAACUAGUCAGCCUGCAAAUCAAUUCUAUAAUAUUUUAGUUACCUCAGGAUGCCGGUUUUCUUAUGAACUUCCUUCCGGCCGCAUGCAGAAACUACACUAUGUAAAAAAUGACUACUUAAAUAGCAUGAAUUUUUCACAUUGAUUCUCGAUGACCUUAAAAGUCCAAUUGUAUUUCAUGGAAAACAUGCAUAAAAAUAUUCAUUCUUUUGCCCAUUCGGUAGAAAAUUACGUCUUCUACUUUUAUACUGGAAGGCAGGGUAUAAUUCGGUUUUCAAACCUUCCAAUUCCCGAAUAAUUUUGAACCCGCUCUACCGUUAAAUUUGGAUUCAGGGUUUCCAAACUACAAACCGUAUAUUUUUUGCGUACGGAAAACCACACAUUUCUCUACGGUAAUAAAGGGGGACCAUAUAGAGUUCAUAAAAUUCAGCAGUGGAUUUGAUCCAUUGCGUUAGCUUUACGAGCCACAUUAGUAAUUGCAGAGACAUGACGUUUUAUGAACGGCCAUUUCACGGUAUUUAAAGGCACAACAAUUAGAAACUUUUUAAAACUGAAUUAUGUCCCGCCUUCGAGCUUAAAAUUAGAAGACGUGAUUUCUAUCGAAUGAGCAAAAGAAUUAAUAUUUUUAUGCAUGUUUUCCAUGAAAUAUAAUUGAACAUUUAGGGGCAUAGAAAAUUAAUGAGAAUAAUUCAUGCUACUUAAGUAGUCAUUUUUUACAGAGUGUAGUUUUUACAUGCAGCCCAAAGGAAGUUCAUUCGGAAGCCGACAUCCUGAGGUAACUGAAAUAUUAUAGACUUAUGUUGUAGGCUGUCAAGUUUUACAACCCUACUUAAUAAAUCUUUUCGAAAUGAAAACAGAUUGCGGAAUUUCGGUUGGCAUUUCAUGAGUUAGCCCACCUACUGCACAUUUACAAAUCUUUCCUGUCCCUCAAAACAGGUCACGUAAUAGACAAUGUCAUGAUAAAGUCAAGAAGAUAGGAUGCGGAGUCGGGUGUAGGUGGCUGGUGCGACUUUAGCCUGUAACAUGCAACCCUUUCGUAGGUUGGUUCGUCGUGUUUAUUGAUUUUUUGCCAAAAUCUGCACUGUUUAACAAUUCGUCAAGUAAGUUACGCCGUCUUUUGAUGACAACGGGGGCUAAAAGUCUUUGGAAAGUUGCCUUCAUAUGAUUUUUAAGGAGCAUGUCUUGGAGAUGUUUCUAAGUGCCGAAGAUUAUAGUUUGGUAUUCUGAAUCAGUUAUUUGAAAUACGCCGUCUUCACAUUACACGGGCGAAUUUCCUGCCGCAAGUUUGAAAACUCCGAAGGACUCGCGGAGUCAAAACGGCCGUUCGGACACGGGAUUACAGAUCCCCUGAGUAUUAAAGGUGACCGAGCCUGAAAAUGUCUGUUUCAAAAGAUUUACUCCAAGUUCGCACAUUAAUUUCUUCGGAAAUUAAACAAGGCUGGAUGAAACUGGAGUUAAUAUUACCAGAAAACACUCAGGGAAAGCUGGGGGACCCACUGACGAGCCGAACCCCUUACAGCUGCGUCGGGCGGCCACACAAGAUCGGUGAAACACGUGUGUUUGGGCUUUUAACUAACACUUGUGUUGUUAUUACGGUAAAAUGAUUGCACAAUUAUAUACUACUGGCUGCCUGUUGGCAGCUUGUAAGUAUUACACGUUGAUUCCGCAGUAACUGACGGAUUUCAGCCCAGAUAUUCAUAUCACCCUUCGGAUCGCGCCUGAAAAGGUCUUAUUCGAAGAAUUUACUCCUAACACUAACCCUCAUAAACCGCCCAACCCUAACUCUAUCCCCCACCCCGCAAUUUAGGGUAAGGCCAUCCGUACUACGGAGGUUCAUAUUCCUGUGCCCAACCGAACAGUAUUCAAGUCCAGCAGAUAGCUAAUCUCCAGGAUUUUCGUAUAAUAGGCCUAUUGCAAAGCACAAUGGUCGCUGAGUUGCACGAAGCAACGAUCUUAAUUGAUAUUUAUUGCCAUCUGGAUGUGCUUCGGCAUGCGGGGAGUCAAGAAGUAUUAUAGAAACCACAAAAUCUGCAAAAAGCGCUGACUGUUUGGUAAUAAUUGAAAAGUCAAGUUGGCGAAAACGCGUUUUCGGUAAUUCUUCGUCAGGCCAAUACAAUUACAUAAAGGAAUGAAAAUGUACAAAAUCAACACUGUUUAUAGAUGCCUCAAGGGCUAUUAAUACCCCUUGAGUUACGAAACAUUUUUAUGCCACACAGAAAUGCUGUGCUUGUUUUUUUCGUAGGUAUAAUCGAAUUCUUACAUGUAGAAGUGUUGGAGUUGCCUAUCGAGGCUUCAGAAGUUCCCCCUCGAAAGCUGUUAUGAAUCAGACUGGAAUGGUCUUUCGUGCCAAGCCAUUAUCGCAGCCGUCUAACGACCAUCCAGCGCGGCCAGUCUUUCCUGCCAGGCGAAAACACAGCCAUCAAGGAGACUGUGUCCCCUCAGACAGGCGCGUAGGUAAAGUUGCCAGCCUGAAUAUGCUGUCCAGCGGAGUAAAACGAAGCCGCCUCUGCAGCACUGUCGGUCAUGGCAUUUAGCCGCGCAGUCGCCGCUGACCCGAUUCAUCUGGCUCACCUUAUCCGACCAGCUUCAAUCUCGACUUCUGCCGACAAGCGCAUCCAAACUCAUAAUUUAGUGGGAUGAUUGCAGAUGUAAAAGAAGGAACGAAGUGCCCUUGCAGAAUGAAGCUGUAUCACCAUGUUGCCAUUAGCGCCAUCUUUCUCUAACGGAGGUCAGUUGGGUUGGGGGGAGGGAGUGGAGUUGGCUGUCGUAAUUGCCGUUCCAGGCGGUGAGGAGGGAUGCCUGUAGGUGACACCACUCAUUCCGCAGCCUACUAAUGACAUGCAUUUUGUGCUUGGCGGUAUUGCAAUAUUACUGUAUUAUGUUAUGUUAUUAUAUAAUAUACGUUACCAUAUUAUUGCGUAGUGUAUUAUGCAUAUUGUUGUAGUAUUAUUCGAGUAUUUUCUUAGAAAUCGAAGUUGGCACAACGAGAUGGAAUAAGAAUAGCUCAUCUACCUGUUACAAGUCUUGCCCGCCGUCGAUGUUGUCGUGGUGCCUUUGGGUCGAACCCGUCUGCGUGUUCGGUACUCACGAGGAAUCUGGGCUUACCCGCCUGAGGGCGCUCUCAAGCUGGCUGCCCUUGUAUUCGAAGAAGCAUUGAUAAUGUCACCUGGCACGACCAUGCUGGCGACUUAGGCAUUAACUGCUGCUUACUUCGGUACAUGUACCCAGCAAGUAGUUUGACCGUACUCGCCGAUAUUCUGCGUCUGCGGGCACUUCGGCUCACCAGUGGGUUUGGGUGGUUUCUGGUGUGCGCGCAAGUUUCUAUUACAGUGUUACAGUAUCGCCCGAAAUGUAUGUCCAAACAUGAAGUGGGGUCCUCCUCCUCUCGGUUUUAGUCUAAACGCCGAAAUGUAUAUGCGUUUCUGGGUUGUAUUCUAUCAAUCUUGACAGGGGUACGGUGUAAUGCACAUGCCGGUAAAUGUACAGUAGAUGUACUAUCUCAUGAAAUGGCAUUACCGACGAAGACAAAAGGAGACUGGAUGGCCAUUUCUGGCUUAUUAGCCGUAGUCGGCCAGUCAUACUCAAUCUCGAAGUGUGGAACACCCGCGGCUUGAACUCGCGACCUGUUAGUUAGGAGUCCACGCCUCUAACCACUGGGCCACGAGUCCGUUGCCCUGUCGGUUUCGAUCGGGAAUAUACAAUUGGAACGAGUGAGUUCCGUAUGAACGAUCGGUGAGCGCCCCCUACGACGACCGGGAAGAAACUUAAAAGUCCGCAUCUUGGCGCGGCUGAAAUAUCUUGUGGCUAUCCUGCAAGAUAGCUACCAUUGCAACCCUACUUAAGUAAUCUUUCCAAAUCGAAAACACAUUUCGGAAUUUCAGUUAACAUUGCCUGAGGUAGCACAUCUACUGUGGCAGCACUAUAAUUUGUGCAUAGUAAUUAUUUAUCUUGUGCUCUCGGAAUACUCGCGAAUACCACGAUAUUUGCAGUCGGGAGUAUGACGCAAUUACUCCGUCGAGACUGGUAGCAAUUCACUAAGAGGCUGGAAGCAGACAGCUGUUUCACGGUCGUCAUCGAUCAUCAGUAUGCCCUUGGCCACAUGAAGUGAGGUAUAUAAACAUGUCAAGUAGGCGUAUGACCUUCACUGUUGUGAUUGGGAUCUCACUCGAUCCCGUCAGUCUGCUCGCCAGCUUCUACUGACGACAGCGGACAUACCACUUCAUAUGGCCUGUGACAUACCGAUGAUCGCUAACGACCGUGAAGCAGCUGUCUGCGUCUGGCCUGCUACACUCAUAGUGAGCUGCUUAUGUAUUAUAUAUGGUAUGUGUUCUAUGGCACAACGUUCGUUGUCGCCAGUAGCAAUCUGGUGGGUGGACAGGAUGAGAUCGAGUGAGAUCCUAAUCACAACAGUGAGGGUCAUACGCCUACUUGACAUGGUAGCAGUUCGUACAAAUUUUCAAAUAUCGCGGCCGAAUCUGAAAAGUCGUGUGCUGUCCAAGUUCGCGCACGCAAUUUUAACCUUUGCCAUGGGGAAAGCCAACCAGAUGUCGCCGAGUUACCCUACUGGAAGGUUUGUGUUUUACGAAUGUCUGUCGGGGCAUGUGGCACCUAAGGUUGUAGUUGUACCAUGAGCGCGACAAUGACCAGAUGAAGCCCCGAUUAGUAUGAUUGCAGUCGGUCAGAUCGUAGUAAGGUCAGCGCGCCUGGAACCGCUAACGUGGGUGAUGAGUGGCUCUGACUCAGUGUGCGUCGAAGGCGCCGGAUAUCGUGGUGAUGGCUGUCGGCCACAAGUGUUUCCACAUCUAACCUCCUGCGUUCCGUCUAAAUACCAGAUUAAGGCAAGGAAACUGUCCCCCUGCACCAAAUGAGAUUAGUUACAUCCCAUGACAUUGGCGAGGCUAACUCAACCACAGUAGCCGCCAGUUUAAAACCCAUCGCCUGUGCCGUGACUCAUCCAAUUUCUGCUCAUUUUCCUUCGCUACCUCAUGUAACCUUAAAAGCUGUGGAGAGUGGCUGUAUAAAGCACUUUUCGCCCGAAUGUGGCUCUUGCCCUCUUAUGUAUUCACUGUCUUCCCGUACUUUGACCUAAACUCUUCAGUACGCCGAGGAAAAAUACCUGCCCGUAUGGCGUUUUGUCGAGACGCCGCCCUGGAACAUCGCGAACCGGCUCUCGGAGUUUCCCUACGACACGGAAUGGUGCGUCGUCCAUCCGGACGGCAAGAAGGUUGCGCAGAAACUGGAGCCAAUGCCGCCGGAAACUCAAACCAUCUUCAAGGGCGACCGCGUCCUUGUCUUGAAGGGUCCAAGCAAAGGCAAGGUAAAGUGCGUUUAAAAAAGAAGAUUUUAUUGAAACCCGAAUGCCUCCCUGUACCGGAGUUUCUAUCGCGGGGAUAUGUAAAUUAACCCAGAUGACACCUGGCUUGCUUUAUUUUCUGACGUUUUCCGUCGUGUGUGAGUACGUAGGACAGGCAUAACAUUGCUUAUAGGACUUUUUAUUAGCUUGACAUGUCUGUAUUGUAUUGGUUUCCCAAAAAUCCAAGCUGCAAUGAGUGACCGAUCUCAUAAAGUGUUGGCUGAAAUCCCGAAAUGCGUCUUCAAUUAGAAAGGAUUACUUAGGCGCGGUUGUAAUGCUGAUUAUCUUGCGGCAUAAUCCUAUAAUAUUUCGGACUCGGCAGGAUGUCGGCUUUUGAAUACACUGCAUUUCAAUCUUCUGUAGAAGCCUUACUCGGUAAAAAAUGGCUACUUAAGUAGCAUGCGUUUUUCACAUUGAUUUUCGAUGGUCUUGUAAAUUAAAAUGUAUUUUAUAAAAACCAUAAACGAUAAUAUGUUUUCUUUCAGUCGUUUUAUAGAGAAUUACGUCUUCUUUAUAUUUUAUACAUAAAGAAGGAGUGUAAUUAGGUUUCAGAGGAGUUUCUGUGAGAUUUCUUAAGACCGCACAAUGUCCAUUCAAAUAGCUUCGUACCUGGCCGUUCAUCAUGAACCUUGUGGACUGAGAUCAUUAAGGGCUAGUGCAACGAAUGAUCAGGCUCCAGAUUAUUCGGUGAUUAUAAAACUUUUUUAAAACCUAAUUAUACUCCUUUUUGAGUAUAAAAUGCAAAGAUGACGUGAUUCUCUAUCAAACGACUGAAAGAAAACAUAUUUUUGUUUAUGAUUUUUAUAAAACAUAUUUUAAUUUUAAUUUGCAAGACCAUCAAAAAUCACUGUAAAAAACGCAAUGCUGCUUAAUUAGCCAUUUUUUUGCCGAGUAAGGUUUCUACAGAAGAUUGAAAUGCAGUGUAUUCAAAAGCCGACAUCCUGCCGAGUCCGAAAUAUUAUAGGGUUAUGCCGCAAGAUAAUCAGUCUUACAACCGCGCCUAAGUAAUCCUCUCUAACUGAAAACGCAUUUCGGAAUUUCAACCAACAUUUUAUGAGAUCGGCCACUCACUCUACUCAAACCUCCCCGUACUCUGAACUUUUUCGUGCGAGGCAGAGCAACCCGUUGUUACUGCUGGCAAACUUGACUUUAUGACCUCCUUUUAUCAUCUGACGUUUCAUACUCGCACUCGAGCACAUCAUCGGAGAUAGGCAAAAUGAGAAAUACACGGCCCAAAUAGGUCGUUCGCACGUGUUCUAUUUUCAUUUUCUUGAAUGCUAACUUUUGCCCUACUGCCUGUGACAUCUGUCAUCUUUUUCAUCUCGCAGGUGGGUUUGGUCAGCUCCGUGGUGAAAAUGCGUCGCCUGGUCUACGUCGAGGGUCUGAAUCCCCGUUACCGUCGCUCGGAAUCAAAUUCGGCGCUGAUUGCAGAGGAGAAGUACCUCAAGAUAAACGAGGAGGUAAGUGUCUAGCAGAUCAGUGAUUGCGUUUUGCCUUUAUGCCUGAUCACAAUUAUUUUGGGCAUGCUGACGCUCUGCGCCUCUACUUGCUACGAGAAGUUGCAUUCUCGUACCGACAGACAAUUGGGCCCUCUCGCGUUUUAUAUCUGGUGAUCUGUGCGGAGGCAUUUGCCGUUUAUGUUGCAUGCCUGACGUCGUUUGGCACUUGAAGGCGCGAAAUCACACACACCCGAAUAUACCGCUCCGCCUGCUACAGUUCAUUUCAAACCUUGCCAGUGAUUUCAGGUGGCUGUCAUGGACCUGAUUUACCGAGUAUUUCGGCCCCAGUAAUGGUGUUUCGGCCUGUAUUGCGACGCAUGCAACCGUGGACUUUCAAACGCGAAACUGGCGAUUUCUAUCGCAUGCUGGCAUGUGCCAUGGAUGACCUAACUCUUGCAACAUUAACUGAGAUUCUAAAAUGUGAUUUUGCUUAGAAAGGAUCACGCUGGCUACGCACGACCUGUCUCCCACAGCGUGCAACAGGUAGCAAUAAGGGCUGCUCGGGAUUCAUACGGAUGAGAAUUCCAUAGAAGUUGCAUUGCGAAGGGACCGUUACAGUCCGGCUCUCAGUCCGAGGUCAGUCGGAAACAUCUCAAGCCACGACUCUUAGCGCGGACGACUUGGGAAUGAGUUCCCCAGUGUUGGCUUCGCCUCCCCCCCUCCCGUACACCGGUCGACCGUCUGUGGCUGUUAACAAACAGGUGAUCUAUUUGAAAGCAGGGGCCGACUCAACUUGUAGGGGUCCAAGACCUGCCGCCUCACCCAUGUACGGCAGUAGCUGAGACCUUGCACGAACUCAACACAGCCGUAUGCAGUGACAUGAUUAACUAAGCUGGAAGGUAUAAUUUCAGUGUUCCUAUCUUUAUCAGAAGGAGAUCAUGGAUGGUGAGGCGUUUUCUGAACUGCUUCAAAAAAUGAAGUAAACUUCUUAUUUAGCAGUAUUUUAACGACCAUGGUCUCAGUAUUUUUAACAUGAUUACUGUCCACCUCAUCGGAAGGCAUAGUCUAAGGAGCGCGUAGUUAGCACCCUCUAACCUCACCUUCAGGAUGAAUGGCAGUCAAAACGCCAAAAUCAGAUGUAGCCGCACCUGAGGUCAACACACUCCAGCCGCCUGUAAUACGGAACCGGUGGUAAUAGAGCUUUUUACAGGUGGGACCAGGGAACGCACAGGCGACGAGGUAAAGUAGUUGCAUGCUAAAGAAAAGCUAUUGGGAAUGCGCGGUUGUACCUUGAGUGGUUGAGAGAUAGUUUCCCUAACCUCUGACCUUAACCCCUAACCCUAACCCCUAACAGUAUUGUGUCCAUCAGGUGUGACUGCAUAACCACAUCUUGUGUGUGCUUCUAAAGCUUAGGCUUUCUCCUUUGGUACGAUUUUUGGCGUUUUCGUCAUUUUUACUCUUGUAGACAAUUCUUCAGUACUGAAUAACGCAAUAUUACUUUUACUAUUUUGUGUUUUCAUUUUACUUAAAAGUCUCCCAAUUAUUAGUUGGGAAUGUUGGUCGUUAUGUUUGGGCGGUGUUCCGAGUGAAAAGAGAUGUUUCGUGGAUUUGAGCACAUUUCCUGAGUUAGCAAAUUCACUGUAUAUGUAUUAUGUCAGCGGGCGCUCACCGAUCAGGUUACGGAACAUGCUCGUUCCGUUGUGCCUUGGGGCUCAUACUAGAACCCUCGCAGGCAGUCGCACAAUCGACAGAACAAUGGGCCCGUGGCUCAAUGGUAGUGUCAAACUCCAUAACCAAAGAUCCCGGAUUCGAAUCUCAAGUGAUCCACACUUGAGGUCGGGUAUGACUGGCUGAUGACGGCUAAUAAGCCAGAAAUGGCCAUUCCAUUCUCCCUUGUCUUUGUCGGCACCAUCUUAUCUACUGUAUAUGUAGUAUACAAUUGUGCGGGAAGCAGCACAGAACAGGACAUCGAAGACCGGGUUUGUUAUUCCUAACUUGUCAGCAAGCCAGGCUUCCUCCUUCACCAUUACUGGUCCCCAGUAGACUUUUCAAGUCCUCAAGAUUGUGCGCCAAGGGGCAACUGGGCAAGUAUAUCCCUUACCCUGAUCGGUGAACGCCUUCCCUGAUACAAACUAUCCCCUAUCUCACCCGACAGGGCAGCGCAUCCGCUCACCAAUGGUAGAACGUUCGGUGACUAAAGAACUUAGUUUUGAAUCAUAGGUAGUCCAGGCCGGGGGCCGUGUUUAACCGGCUGACGACGGCUAGUAAGCCGAAAAUGGCCACCCCGGUCUCUCAUGUCUUUGUCAGUAUUCCUUCCCGCAUAAUAUAUAAUAAUACGAAGUGAUAUGGGUAACUAGUAAUACUACAGUGUAAUAAUGUAGUAUUUUAAUGUAUAUUCCUUGUAAUAUAUUUCUGCCAGGUGGCCCUCAUCGACCCCUCGGACAACGCGCCCUGUCAAGCAGUCUGGCGCUAUGACACAAAGGGCAACCGAGUGCGUGUCUCCGCCAGGACCGGUCAUCUGCUUCCGCUGCCUGUGGCCGCACGCAUUCUCGAUGACCUCACAGACCCUGAGGUUGCUGAAGCCGGCGACAAAGACACGCCCGCGGAGGUGGUCACGAAGCAGACGGUAGACUUUGUCAGCACUCCCCACUUGGAGACCUUUGAGGAGGAGCUGACACGUCUGUAUGCUCCGCUGGACAAGCGGAAACGCUUCCCCACGUACUGGUACUGA